ACAGUACCUUAUUUCACUGUAUAAUAGUCAAUAUUUCCCCCUUCUCACUUUUGAAAAGUUGAAUCUCCGGCAAAUCCUCGAAACAACCAUGAGCUCCAUAACUCGAUUCUUCCCUCUGAGAGCGACCAAGUCGGUCUUCACGCCUCUCACAAAACCCGCCUUGGUGGCCCCUCUAAACUCGAAGAGGACAUACUCGCAUGGCUCCUACGGCAGCGCAGAGAGCGAUAAAGAUAAGCCGCAGAAUACGCCUUCUACUAAGAACAUCGAGCAUCCCGGCCCACCACCCCCAAACACCAAGUCCAACAACCAGCCCUCAGAGAGCGGAGAAUCUCAAGGCGACGUGCAGGACACCUCCAACAAAGCCAACCCGAUCAUCACAGGCGGGAAACAGAGCCCCGUCGUGAACGGCGAGGGCAAAGUCAACGACGAUGCGCCUGACGACGUGAAGAAGCAUAAUGAGGACGUGGCGAACCGGGCCGAUUCGCCUUAUAACCAGAUUGGGGCCGAUAGUAAGGUGAGGGAGGGGUUUGCGGCGAAGGGGAGUACUGAUAAGGAGACGUGAUUUUGGGAUAUUGAUUUUGGAAAUCUUGGGAGUUGAGGUUGGGUAGGAUUUGCUGUAUUGGUGUUUUAUGGGUUCGUUUCGAUUUGGUACUUUCCUGUGUGCAUUGUGUAUGGAUUCUAUUCUGCUCUGAUGAUUAUGGAUGGUCGAUGAUGGGUUAUAGAUUGUGGUUGGUUGGAUUGUUUUAUUUGAUUUGGUUUGACUUGUUCACUG